CGCGCCAUCGCCUCUCUGAUUGGGCGGCUUGCAGGAGGUGAGUCUGAUUGGCAGGACGUGGCCGAAGGUGUGCGUCUGCCAUGGCGGAGCGCGGGAGGAAGCGGCCGUGCGGCCCGGGCGAACAUGGCCAAAGGGUUGAGUGGCGAAAAUGGAAGCAGCAGAAGAAAGAGGAGAAAAAGAAGUGGAAGGAUCUUAAGCUGAUGAAAAAACUGGAGCGGCAGCGGGCGCAGGAGGAACAGACAAAGCGCCAGGAGGAGGAGGAGGCAGCUGCACAGAGGGAGGACCAGGGGAGGCCCUACACCCUGAGCGUGGCCUUGCCUGGUUCCAUUCUUGACAAUGCCCAGUCGCCCGAGCUUCGCACCUACCUGGCAGGCCAGAUUGCCAGGGCCUGUGCCAUCUUCUGUGUGGAUGAGAUUGUGGUGUUCGACGAAGAGGGCCAGGAAGCCAAGACCGUGGAAGGGGAAUUCAGGGGCGUCGGCAAGAAGGGGCAGGCAUGUGUACAGCUGGCCCGGAUUCUGCAGUACCUGGAGUGUCCACAGUACCUAAGGAAGGCCUUCUUUCCCAAGCACCAGGAUCUGCAGUUUGCAGGGCUCCUGAACCCCUUGGACAGCCCUCACCACAUGCGUCAGGACGAGGAGUCUGAGUUCCGAGAGGGCGUCGUGGUGGACCGGCCCACCCGGCCGGGCCAGGGCUCCUUCGUGAACUGUGGCAUGAAGAAGGAGGUGAAGAUUGACAAGAACUUGGAACCUGGGCUUCGUGUGACCGUGCGCCUGAGCCAGAAGCAGCUCCCGGAAAGCAAGACCUACCGUGGAAAAGUCGUGUCGUCUCAGGACCCUCGCACCAAAGCUGGACUCUACUGGGGCUACACAGUCCGGCUGGCCUCCUGCCUCAGUGCUGUGUUUGCUGAGGCCCCCUUCCAGGACGGGUAUGACCUAACCAUCGGGACAUCAGAGCGAGGCUCGGAUGUGGCCUCUGCCCAGCUCCCCAGCUUCAGGCACGCUCUUGUGGUGUUCGGGGGCCUCCAGGGGCUAGAAGCUGGAGUGAAUGCUGACCCCAACCUGGAGGUGACUGAGCCCAGUGUCCUCUUCGACCUGUAUGUGAACACCUGCCCCAGCCAGGGCAGCCGCACCAUUCGCACUGAGGAGGCCAUCCUCAUCUCCCUGGCUGCCCUGCAGCCAGGCCUCACCAAGGCAGGUCUGGCGCAGCGGAAGGUCCGUCAGGCACUAGAGAGUGAAGCAGCAGCGGCGAAGCCAGAGGUUCUUGAGAUGUCACCUGGGACAAACACAGCCAAGACUUUCUCCAAAAAUAACCAUCUUUAAUGCGACCCAGCCACACACCCUCAGUCUGGCUGGGCUGCUGCCCUCACUUGCUGCCGGCGGUGAUGGCCUUGAGGCUGCCUGCCCUUGCCAGGAUAUUCGGCACAAAGAGCAGCCCCGAGGCCCGCUCGAUGCUCUCGAUGGGCACCAGGAAGCGCUCCAGCGGGAUUGCCUCGUCCACGGGCGCAUUGGGCAUCACAUAGGAGCGAAGUUCGAUUUGCCCGCCUGCUGCCUCCAGGAUCAGCACCUUGAAGAAGUGGGUGGGCACUGCCACAUGGUUCUUGCCGAUGACCUGGUACUUCACAUAGGAUUUCCCAUCAGCCUCUGUCCUGUAAGCAAACCCAGGCACACAUAGCCUUUCAGGCUCCGGGGGAGUCUGGUUAGACCCAAGCUGCUGCCUCCAGGAAGCAUUCCUUGACUUGACCCCCAAGUUGUGUCAAGCUGUGGGAACAACCCCUCAUGAAGCUUCUGUGCUCUCCUUGGCUUCCCCAACAGACUGGGAGCUUCCUGCAAGGUAGACCCUCUUAUCCUGUUGUCUACCGGGUCAGCAGAGUGGUGGCAAUAAACGCUACUGCAAGAAUCCA